UUGCAUUGAGUUUCUGUCAGGCCAGAUUGGGCUUUUGGGAAAGUAGGACUUUGGAUAAACAGGUUACACGACAAGCAAAUGAGAUUCAGAUUUCCUUUUGUGUCAGAACCUUGUAGAAAGCCAACUGUUGGUUCACCUCUACAUCAAAAGGCCGAAUCUCUCCUAAAAUGCACAGAGGAAGGAUUUUGGGAGUUUCUCAAAAUAAAGUUUAUCAGACUGCUCUGAAAAGUAUAAAAGUCAUACAUUUAAAGCAGAUCUGAUUUUUGCAACUAAAAUGUUUGAGUGCUGGUAAAAUUGUUCUGUCUAUCCCCAAGAAAAUACACAGCAGGUUUCAGGAGAAAUCGUAGGACGACCCUGACAGAAUCUGAACCAGAACCAGAGACACCUGAAAACAUUUGUUCUCUGACAGCUCGCCUACAACCAGGCUGAGCUGAACUUUGCGCCAAAGACGGGAGGGAAAGGCGUGGCAAGGUUGUAGGAUCAUUUCCAACAAGACAACACACCAGUGAGGUCAAGAAUUGUGAAUGAGCCUGCGGCAGAUCAGAUGUCCUGAGCAGCAUUCACCUGAAGAAUGCCAGUCAUGUCAGCAGACAGGAGAGUCAAAGCAAGUACCUACAUGCAGUGAUAUUAGGAGGCGUGGUGAAACAACAGAGGUAGACUAUAGGGACCGCCUCACCUGCGCAUAUUGCCUCAAUGUGAGUCUUGCUCACGUUCCUUUUGCAGUUCAACAGCAAGGGUUGAAGGGGCAAAAUCGUAACGUUUCAGAGAUGAAUCUAUACAGGAGCUUCGGUAACCUUAUGGAGGCUUAUGUAUAUGAAGAGAAAACCCGAACGGAGUCUCAGUGGGAACAGGAUAAUGCUGAUGGGCCUCAUGCACCUGUCUCCAACAUUGGAAUAAACCCACGCUCAGAAUCGGUGGACUCUGGAGUGGAGACGGCAAGCUGUGAAACACCAAAUCCCGCCUCAGCCAGCUUUUUGUCAACAGACAACACAGAAAUGGAUUUAUUCCUGCCACAAAGUCACAGACUCUCCCUGGCUUCAACACCUCAGUCGCCUGUUCCCUUGUCUCCUUUGGCUUCCUCCUCGUCUUCCUUUCCAAACCUGCAUCCCAGCAGAGCUGAAAAGGAACCUGCAGCCCUGAACCUAAGAGGAAAACCAGAACUACAAAAGACUGACUCUAAGAGGUGGAAGCAAGUCUAUCAGGUGCUCAGCAAACAGCCUAAAACGUCUUCCCUGUCCAAACAAAACACAUCUGAGUUAAAAAGGUGUAUAAGGUCAGCGAGUUUUAAUGUGAGGAGGAGGUUCGACCCACCUGUCCCCACUGGACAAACGUCAGAAAUGGAGAGAAAACCACUUUCAGUUGUUUCCGUCGAGAUGAUUUCACAGGAUUGUGGCGUUUUUGAGGGAAAGGAACUCAGUCCUGGUCUCUGCUACUUGGAGUGGGUCUGUCAAAAGAUGGAGCAGUAUGCCAAACAACAGAUGCAAAACCAGACAUUGCAGAUGGAGACAGAUGCUCUCCAGGAACAUGAAGAACAAAAGAAUGAGUCAGCCGAUGCUCAGGAGGGCCAGCCCAGGCUUGAAAAUGCAAAGAAUUCAAAGCAAAUUCCCAGUGAAUCCCAGCAGCAAAAAUCUCGCCACUUCCGACAGAGAUCAGCGUCAGAUACAACUUUUUCAAAACUGCAUUUAAAAAAAAUCAACUUAAACUCCAGAGGGCAGCAGCUGAGUACAAAUGAUCUACGAGAGAUAGAGGAGGGAGACAUCACGAAGAUGGAAUCCAUAAAAGAAAAAUCAAACAAGAAAAAUAUAAUCCGGAAGUUAAAAAUUGGGUCAUUGAGAAGAGUGGAGUCCACUGUAUCAGACACAAGGAGCCAACAGAUGCAGUCUUCAGAGAAAAUCUCAGCCCACCGACGGUUCAGCCUGUUCAGGAGGACAAAGAAAGUGUAGCCAGAUUGAGUGGACAACUGUAUCUGUUUCCAUGAGCUAACAUUCAGGGCUUUUUAGACAAAAAAGCCUUAGCAUUGGUGUUUUGAAAAUGACUUCCUACCUUUUCAUGAUUCAUCGAUAUAACCGGUUUGACAAAUACCUUUUAUGUAUAAGGCAUUUUUAUUUACUCAUAGAUUGCCUUGAAUGGAUUAUCUUUUUUCUCUGUCAGGUUCAAAACAUAAAAAAUAUCCUGUUGUUCAGGUAUUUUUUACAUUUAAAGCUAAGUUAUACAAAGAAGUCUAGUCUUUUUUUAAUGUUAUUUAUUCUGUGAAAUAAAAAUAUUUUUCUCCAAAACA